GCCCUGGGGAAUGGUAUCCGUACCUCCGUAAUGUACCCCAUACACGAAUACACGGCCCAAGAAGAGUGGGACCUGCCAAGCUUUCCUGAAUUUGUUUGUCUUCGCGUUCUGGCGCGUCGUUGAGGCUCCAAUUCUCUUACCACCACAGACAAAACCUCAAUCUUCGUGCACGCCACCUCGUUCUCCUGCGAUUAAGGCGAGGUCAUAACCGAUUGACACUUCCCAUUCAGCCAUCACAGACAUAGUAUAUUUGUAACACGCGAUGCCUCGGCCAAAACGGUCGCGCGUCGCUGUGGCGCGCCGCAACAGGACACCUUCAGCGCCCAAGGAGCAGCAAUCAUCCGUCACCCCACCCGGUGCGAUAGAACCCGUCGGCACGCUGGUUGCAGUCCCGGGGAGCGACAUAUACGAUGUGAGCGAUCGCGAGAAGGAGCGCAUACAACAGCGGAUCGAGGCUGCCAAGGCACGGGCGACCCAGCACCUUGAUCUGAACUCGGACCAAGCGAGGGUAUUGGAAGACUCAAGACGCAGGCGAGAUGAUGCGAUGAGCAGACUGGACGACCUUACGUCGACCUCCCGGCCAGACCAAGCCGAGAGCCCGGACAUCGAGCGCAGUCGGACAGAGUCAGCCGUUGAGAGACAGCCUCGGUUGAACGACGCGUCAGGACUCGAUCUGGAUGACGACUUCUUCGGUAAUCUCGACGACAGCCUGGACGUCACCGAGAAUGCCAUUGAAGACACGCAGACUGGCUACCGCUCGACGGAUGCGUCAUCAUUCAAUGUUGCCAUGUUCAAACGCCGGCCUAGACAGUCGAGCGUUGCGAGGAGGGAUAAAGGGCCGAUCCGGCCGAGCAGCAGGGGUCAAACCACACCAAGCAUCGGCACAACGCUCAGUUUUGGCACCUUUAGGCGGCGCGAGCGUGCGCCUAGCAUUCUUGGUACGGGGAGAAAGGCUCGAACAGAGAGAUCUCAAUCGCGGGCUUCACAAGCUUCGCGAAAUGCAAGUGUUCUCGGCGAUGGCGACGAGUCUGGUCCGGAUGGCGAAUCAACCCCACUUGACAGGACGAGACGGCAGACACGCGCGGCCAGCGGCUCAAGAGAGGGUUCGCCCGUGUUGCCGUCGCGGAAGCGGAAGUCUUUGGAAAGUCACGAAGAUGGCCGAGAGAAGAGGCUUGCGGCCGGGCCCGAGGCAGAGGAAGAGGGCGAGGAGGCGGAAGUGACUCAUCAGUCAAAUGAAAUUGAAGUUGAGCGGACUCCGAGCCCCCCACGUGGUCGUGCCCGAGAAAGGGAUCGGUUCUCGACACCUGUGCGGGAGGAUGAUCCGGACAUGGCGCCCCCUCUCAGUAGCUCCUCGGAAAGCGGCAGCCCCCCUGCCUUGCCUCCGUUGGAUACGUUGGCCCACCGCACAUAUACGCGCAGGCCACCAGCAAGAGCACUCAAGACACCGGAACCCGACGAUCUGUCCUCGAAUAUAUCGUCUCCACCGUCACUGACACAUUCGCCCAACUACGGCGCCGCAACCAAACCCGCCGCAAGAAAGAAGGCUGACCCGCCGCAAACGAAGGUCACCACAGCGGAUCUGACCUCUCUCCUCCCGCGCCGACGGGGCAAGGCAUCCAAUCGCACCACUGACAGCAACGAUCCUUUUGACCUCGAUGACUCGGAAGAUGAGCGCUAUGACAUUGCAGAGGAUGAGUUCUCAUACGUCGACUCGCGAGCCGCGCGGAGGCGAAACGGCCAGCAACCCUUGAGCAAAUUGACCUCCAACCGGAAAGGGAGGCAAAUCGAGGGCGGUGACGGCGCCGGCAAGAAGCGCACCCUGCGAACAUAUGGGUCGAUGAACGAAGACAAGGAGAAUGAAGAAGUCGAGGAGACGAUUGUGAUUGGUAACGGAGGCGACGAAGAGGAGGAAGAGGAACAAGACCAGGCACUUCCGGAGGAGGAGACGAGCCAGAUAAUGGCUGAACGCUUGGGAGAGGAGUUGCAGCAGGCUGUCAAAAAGUUUAAAGAGGUGGAUAAGUGGGAGCUGUCGUUCGAAGAUGUCACUGAGAGCUCGUCGCCGGGGCCGUAUGCCCGGUGAGACCGUUGAGCAGAGAGAUGGUUGAACUCUAUUUGACUGGUACCGAUUUUGAGGGGUUGGUUGGUAUUCAUGUGGCCGACCUUUGCUGGGAAGCGGAUGGAUAGGAGGCCGUUUACCGUGCCCUUGAAGAUUUUGCACUGGACAUUAGCGUUGCUUGGCUUGGACGGUAUUGCCAAGGUAACUCUGACUUGACUAGGGUGGUUGUUUUACACUCGAGAAGUAAAGUCAUGCCCAUCCAUCAUGCCUCGUG